AUGAACCUGGUUUGGUUUUACCCGAGCAGGGACGGGCAGCCAAUGGGUAGCAACCCCGUGCCAGCUGGGUCCGCGCAGGUGGAUUAUUCCUGCAACGGCCUGAUGGGGGACGACAGCACCGUCAUGGCGCCCGCGCCCGCGCCCGCCCCCUCCACCAACUCCCCCUCCCCUCCGCCUCCCCCUGCCUCCACCACGCCCUCCCCCCCGCCGCCCUCCACCGUCACUCCGCCGUCUAAGGGCGUGCUGUGCCCCGCUUCCACGUUCUCGGGAUACGAGUACCAGCUAGAGCUGGGCAGUGGCAACUACCUGCUGCACUGGAAAUUCGCCUCCAACACGGUCAUCAACUUCCUCAUUGAAGCCCGCUCCAACACCAUCAUUAAAGACGCAUGGAUGGCCGUCGGAUGGUCGUCCAAAAAGGGCAAGAUGAAGGGUUCAGAUGCAGUCAUCGGGAACCUCCCGGGCGUGGGCGCGUUUUACAUGAACGGCUAUCGGCUAAAGAACAUCCAGCAAACCACUUCAUUCUCUCUCGGGACCACGUCGGUUUCGACCACGAGUGAGGGCGGCACGUCGAUCGCGUUCAGUCGCACGGUGGGCACGGGGAACGUGCCUCUGAAGCUCAACACCACGAGCUACCUCAUCUGGGCGUUUUCCCAGACGGUGUCCAAGACGCUGUAUUUCCACGGCAUGAACCAGGGCGGCUAUGCGGUGGACUUUGCAUGCUACCAGGUGCCUCAGCCCCUGUGGGGAGGCGGCCCCGACUACAGCGAUGACUCCGAUGCUGACAAGGAUUACUCGGGCGGCCCCUGGCAGGGCGCCAGCCUUCCCACUGACGCUGCUGCUGCUGGCGAUGCUGCUGGACUCACUGCAACGCUUGUUGAUCAGGGGCAAUCGAGCAGUGCUGCUGGCACUGCUGGUACUGCUGCUGGUGAUGCAGGUGCUGCAAACCGGAAGUCGGGAGUGCGUUUCUAUGAUGGAGCAGCGGGGCGGUCGAAUGGAGAGUGGUGGCAGGAGAGGAGUCCUUGA